CAUCAUUUAGCUCCUAUUUGUAGAAAAAAUAAUUAAUUUUUAUAUUUUAUUUUAUUUUAUCUUAUUCCUUGGAAAUCACUUGGGUCUCUACCAAAGCCAGCUGAACUUCUUGUGAAACUGAUCUAGGCAAAUGAGGAAGCUGUCAGCAGAUCUUUGAAUACUGAAGCCUCAGUUCAUUCAUCUGUCGCAGUUGUGGAGUGGUUUUCAAAAUGAGAUGGUUUUACUCAGUGUUCUGAGCAAUAUACUUGCUAGUCUGGAACCAUUUACAAGGGGUCACAGAGAACUAUUAACAGAUAUGAUCCUGACUCCAUUCUUAGAUGGAGCCAUCAUUGAAUCAGAUGAACAAAGAAUUCAAAAUCAAAGGGAGAGAAAAUUAAUCCCAGUGAUUUUAAAGAUUUGGAUUGGUUGUUUCCAGAUACAACAAAGCAUUUUUAAAAAAUUACCACUGCAAUAUAGGGAUUACUGUGCUUGGGCUUUAGCAAAGUUUGACAGAUUACUGUUACCUAGCAACCCUGAUAUUGGUGUACUUAGAUACAAAGAUUGUUAUUAUGGAUUCAGAAAUAAACAAGCAGCAACAGAAUUUCCCCAAAAACCAGAUGGAUUUAUUUGUCUGGUAGCUGAUGGUGCCAAAAGAAAUCCAGAAUUAAUACAGCUAUUAGAACUUCAUACACAAUUUGCCAGUAUAACAUGA